AUGAUAACCAGAUGGCUCGGAUUUGGCAUUGCUGUGGCUCCAAGUUGCAUCUGCGGGGAAGGUCUUGAGCCCUCUGCUCCAUCUGUCGCCUCUCCUCAGCCUGUCUGCCACCCUCCUGCUGCCGCUGUCUCUGCCUCACCGCCUCAUUUACAGCCUCACAACGGCACUCCUCGUCAAUGUUCUGCAACUGUUGACAGCACUGGCGGAGGUACUGCUCUUGCUCCUCCUGCUCUCGUGGGUUCAGAGCCAGGUCAUAGGGGCUUCUCUGCGACAAGUACCUUUGGCAAUGGGGGAGUUGCUGCUCCCUUUGGAUUUGCUCACGGCAUUCCUGCGAUUCCCUCGGGUUCCCUUGCUCCACCACGGUGGUGGUGA